AAUAGAAGCAGGUCAAACGACAUCGUCCAGAGAGAAUAAAGACUCGUUAGACCCGAAGACUGUAACUUAACGUGACCGUGUUUCAUUUGUCAGACAGUGUUAAAGUCAUUAACAGUUAGCUAACUGUCUGUAGUUGCUAGGCUACAUCUCUCUCUGAACGUAAACAAGCUAAGUGUCAGCUGUUCAUAGGAAGCGAUGGCACUCAAUAAAUCCAAAGUCGCUGUCGGAUUCAUAAUCGCAGGUGUCCUCGCGGUGUUUUUUGGGACGUUUCUUACUUUUGUAGGACCUUUAAUUAUCGACGACCAGAUAGUGAAGAACACCGUGAUCAGCCCGAAGAACGAGCUGUCCUACACCAUGUGGAAGGACGUCCCCGUGCCGUUCUACAUGUCCGUCUACUUCUUCCACGUCCUCAACCCGAAGGAGAUACUGAACGGAGAGAAGCCGAUGGUGGAGCAGAAAGGCCCUUAUGUGUACAGAAAACGCAUACAGAAAGACAACAUCACAUUUCAUCCCAAUAAUACAGUGUCGUACAGGGAAUACAGAAGGUAUUUCUUCGAGCCCACCAUGUCUGCAGGAAACGAGUCAGAUGUUGUCACGAUUCCAAACAUGUUGGUGCUGGGUGCAGCAGUGAUGAUGGAAAACCUGCCCUACGCUGUGCGUUUAAUGAUCAGCGCCACUUUCAAGACUUUCGGUGAGGGGCCGUUCCUGACCAAGACCGUAGGGGAGCUGAUGUGGGGUUAUGACAGUGGACUGGUGGAUUUUCUCAACAAAUACCUGCCCGGCAUGUUGCCCUCAACGGGGAAGUUUGGCCUCUUUGCUGAGUUCAACAACUCCAACACUGGCCUGUUCACCAUCUUCACCGGACAAGACGAUAUCAGGAAAGUCCAUAAAGUCGACUCCUGGAACGGACUGACAAAGCUGAGCAACUGGGGGACCCCUCAGUGUAACAUGAUUAACGGAACAGCUGGGCAGAUGUGGCCUCCAUUCAUGACAAAAGAAAGCACUUUACCUUUCUACAGCCCCGACGCCUGCAGAUCUAUGGAGCUUGUUUAUCAGCGUCCCGGUGAGUUUAAGGGCGUCCCUCUGUAUCGAUAUGUCGCACCCAAGACCCUGUUCGCCAACGGGACCGACUACGCUCCCAAUGAAGGCUUCUGCCCUUGUAGACAAUCCGGCCUGCUGAAUGUCAGCAGCUGCCGCCACAAUUCUCCAGUCUUCAUCUCUCAUCCUCACUUCUAUAAUGCUGAUCCUGUGCUGCUGGACUACGUGCAGGGCCUUCAUCCCACUGAGGAAGAGCAUGGCCUCUUCAUCGACAUUCAUCCACAAACAGGUGUCCCUCUGAACGUGUCCAUCCGCCUGCAGCUCAACCUUUACAUGAAGAGAGUGUCAGGAAUUACAGAAACUGGCAGGAUUUCUGAGGUUGUGAUGCCUAUGAUCUGGUUUGAGGAGAGAGGAUAUAUAGACGGUCCCGUCCUCACUACAUUCCACACAAACCUGGUUGUUCUACCGGCCGUGAUGGAGUACAUGCAGUACGGCUUCAUCGCUCUCGGACUUGCAACGAUAUUAAUCGCCGCCGUGGCGCAUCAACGACUGAAGAGAAAUAAAUACGACGGUGACACCAAACCAGAUGGAAAAACGAGCACUUCAACCGAAGAGAAAGACCCUCUACUACAAGAUGAAAUGGACUGACCUGCACACUAAUACACACACACACACGUACAUAUAUACACACAUACAGCUGGUGUCGACAGACCAACAGCGAUUCAGUUCAGGAGCUGAGCUGAAACGUUCCCCUCGAGGUGCUACGUUCAGUAUAUUUUAAUGAUAAUUAUACUGUAAAGUUUAUGAAACUCUCAGCCAAAGACUCACUUCAUUAAACGUGUUUUGUGCGGAGGCUGUUCGGGGAGUUGAGACUGUCUCGGUGCAGAGCGAGUGAAGCUCAAGUCACC